AUGGGGAAUCCGGAGCAGGAACGCCGUGAUUUAUCGCCGCACGGGCCGCCCCUCGAUGCCGAAGAGCGCUUUGCGGCGCUGUGCAACAGCGGCGGCGGCACAGACUCCCGACUGAUCGUCCGUUUCUGGCGCGCGGUCGUGUGCCCAAUCCUCAGGCUGCUGCUGCGCAUCGCAA